CUACUAUAGGACUGGACUAGUGGGAGUACUAGGAGUAUAUUGGAUUACUUAUCUCACUAUAUAAGCUGUGCAGCUUAUGUAUAAUAUAUAUAUCAGUGAAGAAUGAUUGAUAUUGACUGGCCCUGGCAAUACAGUUUUCCUCCUUUUUUCACACUCCAACCUCAUGCUGAAACCAGAGCAAAACAAAUUCAAGCAUGGAAAAGCUUGAUUCUGGAAUAUUUCCGUACAACAAAGCAAGCAAUUUUGGAUAUUCGUGAAAUUCACAGUAGCCCAUUAUUCAAUAACACAUCUAUUGAGAGAAAACUACCAUCAGAAGUUGUAUCACUGAUUCUUGAUGAAUUAUCAAAAUCAGGCAAUGCUACUCCAUUAGAUAAAUCAAAGCAGCGAUGGCUUGUUUCAUGGCAUACACUUGAUGAAUGGGCUGAUAUACUGUACUCUUAUGCACAAGGAAGUGGAUUUGUUGGAUCUGUUUGUACAUUCUAUGAAUUAACACAAGGAGAGGACUCAAUGGAUCAAGAAUUUUAUGGUUUGGACAAUGAAGUACUUGUGAGAGCUUUAAGAACAUUAGAAGCAUCUAAAAAGGCAGAAUUAAUAAUGUUUGAUGAUAAUGAAGGUGUGAAGUUUUUUUAAAUCUGAGUCGUUGAUAAUAACUUAA